AUGAUAGAGUCUGGCUCGUGCGCACCCCCCGCAGUGCAAACCACAUUCGGUUAUGUAUUUAUGGGUGACUAUCCUCAGAAGGGUGACAAUCUUCAGAAGGAUGACCAUAUUUAUAAUUCUUUCGCCGGUUUGAUUCGCAAUGACCUUGAGUCGAGCUUAAAUAAAUUUUGGGAAUUGGAAGAGAUCCCAUACAAACGCUUCCUCAGUCCGGAGGAGACGGAGUGUGAAAGCUUGUACGUAAAGUCCGUUUCCCGCCAAGAUGACGGUCGUUACACAGUCGCCUUACCCUUCUGCAAAGAUUCUUCUGAGCUAGGAAACUCCCGAGCUGUGGCUCAUCGCCGCUUGCUUUUCCUAGAAAGGAAAUUUAAGCAAAUACCUUCACUGCGUGAAGACUACAACAAAGUUAUCGACGAUUAUAUGAAAAAUAAUUAUCUCGUCGAGGUUCCUGAAUCUGACGUCACAGAUGACGGCUACUACAUCCCCCACCACGCUUGGCAAUGA